ACUAGCGGAUCUACUGGGGUUCCGAAAUCAAUCGUCUAUCCCAUGCGCAAGUCUCUUGAAAUCCUUUCGCAAGAAUCUGAUGACAUUCUUAAGACCGACGAUGUGCAAUGGCUUCGUGGAGGAACGACCUUCCUCCGCCCUUUGUUCGAAGUUCGCCGCUUCCCAUUCAACAAAACCGUUCUGCACCUCGACCCGGGCAAAAGCAUGGAAGACCAAUGCCGCAAUCUCCUCUGGGAGCUUCAGGAAAGCUCCCACACGGAGCCCAUGCGCACACAUUUUACGCCCAGUGCGUUUCGCGUGUUCUUUGAGUAUGCCAAGAUGAUGGCGGGGAAUACGUCACCGAAGUUUAAACGCAUGUAUUGGCUUGUGCUGGGUGGGGAGGCCGUGACGAGGGAUCUGACGGCUAUUGCGAGACGAAUGUUUCCGAAUGCGACUAUUGCGUGCAAUUAUGCUGUGGGUAUACAGCGUCUUCGUCUGACCUGA